CCCCCAGGUCCUCCCCUGCACCUGCAGGUCCUCCCCUGCGCCUGUGUCUCUGCAGCAGCCCCACGUCUCCGUCCCUUAUCAUCAGCUACUGCCAGGCCGGCCACACCUCCUCGCGACCUUUGCUCCAGGCUUGUUUUUUCCCUCUGGACUUGGGAACCUGAGGCUCACUUUCACUCGCUGCCUGUCCUUCGCAGGCACCUCGCCAUGUGCACGGGAAAGUGUGCCCGCUUUGUGGGGCUCUCCCUCAUCCCCCUCUCCCUGGUCUGCAUCGUGGCCAACGCCCUCCUGCUGGUGCCCAAUGCGAAGACCACCUGGACCAAGGACCACCUCAGCUUGCAAGUCUGGCUCAUGGCUGGCUUCAUCGGCGGGGGCCUGAUGGUACUGUGUCCGGGAAUCGCUGCUGUUCGAGCAGGCGGCAAAGGCUGUUGUGGUACAGGCUGCUGUGGAAAUCGCUGCAGGAUGCUGCGCUCGGUCUUCUGCUCAGCGUUCGGGAUGCUGGGUGCCAUCUACUGCCUCUCGGUAUCGGGAGCCGGGCUCCGAACUGGACCCAAAUGCUUUAUGAACGACUCCUGGGGUUACCACUUCGAAGAGACCGCAGGCUCUUACCUGCUCAACCGCACCCAGUGGAGCUUGUGCGUGGAGCCACCCGGUGUGGUCUACUGGAACGUGACGCUCUUCUCGCUGCUGGUGGCCGCCUCGUGCCUGGAGAUCUUGCUGUGUGGGGUGCAGUUGGUGAAUGCGUGCAUUGGUGUCUUCUGUGGCGAUUGCAGGAAGGAGGUGGGACGGUGUGGGAUGGAGUUGCCGAGGAAGCCUGUUUGCUCCCUGGCUGCAUCCUCACUUUCUCUUUUCCGGCAGGGCGCCGGUCAGUGAGACUCCACCGACCUGGUCUGUUGCUCCUGGAUACCCACCUGGCCCGCUCCCGCCCUGGAAUAAACUCCUACGAGCUCUCUUCCGCGUCUCUAAUUGCGCCCUAUAAAGGGAAGGUCCGAUGGCCUUCAGAUACAUCGGAGCUCCGGGCUCUCAUGUUUGGAGCCCUUGCACCCUGCCUGUUUUCUUAAUAAAUAAUUAUUGAGCUGUUGGUGCGCUGGAAACACAGUGUAAACAAGACAGGCAAGGUCUGUGCUCUGAAAGAAUUUAACAUUCCAGAAGUAGAAGAUGGACACCUUUUAAAAGUGGCACUAGAGGAGUUCCCCGUGGCUGCAGCGGAUUAAGGAUCCUGGGUUGUCUCUGCAGUGUUUUGGGUUGCUGUGGAGGCAUGGGUGGGACCCCUAGCCUGGGAACUUCCCUAUGCCUGUGGAUGCAUCAAUAAACGAACAAACAGA